UCCGAUGUCUCGCAAGCAGGCGGCGAAGGCCCGGCCGGGGAAGGCGGAGACGGAGCGCAAGCGGGAUGAGCGGGCGGCGCGGAGGGCCCUGGCCCGCGAGAGGCGGAACCGGCCUCAGGCGGAAGGCGAGGGGGUCGCGGCGGCGGGCGGCCUGGCCGGUCAGCUCCAAGCGCUGGGGCUGCGCCUCAGGGAGGUGCCGGGCGACGGCAACUGUUUGUUCCGGGCUCUCGGGGACCAGCUUGAAGGACACUCCCGGAACCACCUCAAACACCGCCAGGAAACGGUGGACUACAUGAUCAAGCAACGGGAAGACUUUGAGCCUUUUGUGGAAGAUGACGUUCCCUUUGAGAAGCACGUUGCCAAUUUGGGACAGCCUGGCACUUUCGCCGGAAACGAUGCUAUCGUAGCCUUUGCGAGGAACAAUCAAGUGAACGUUGUUAUCCACCAGAUGAAUGCUCCUCUGUGGCAGAUUCGAGGAACAGACAAAUGCAAUGCCCAAGAGCUGCACAUUGCCUACCGGUACGGAGAGCACUACGACAGUGUCCGAAAAAUCAAUGAUAACUCGGAGACCCCUGCCCGGUUGCAGACAGAGAUGCUGUGCAAAAAUGAAUCGAACAAAAAAGAAAAUCUCCAACUCAAGAAGGCGGAGGAGGAAUCGGAAGAGGAGAUACGAGAUGAAAUCGAGGACGCGGUGCAGAAAGUCCGGAAUGCAACUUGCUGUUUGGAUACUGAUCUAAUUGUCCAGGUCCUUGAGUCAGAGAACUACAGCAUCGACUCUGCAAUAUUUGCUAUUCUUCAAAUGAAUGAGGUGAAACGGCUGCACGACGAGGAAGUGCACGAGGCUCAGGCAAACCAGCAGAAGUCACGUCCCCAGUCGGCACUCUGGGAGGAGAACGGAAGCGGCGCCCGGAUUUUUGGAACUCAGGGCAUAGAAAACAACAAAGCCCAGACGAGCCUUGCAGAAGGAAACCAAAGCAGUAAAAAGCAGGCUCCCAAGGUCUCCAACAAGCAAAAGAAGGAGCAGCAUCGGCUGGAGAAGAAAUGCCGUCAGGAAGACCGACACCGGCAAAAAAUCCUGGCCGGCAAGAGCAACAAUACUGACAACAACAACAGCAGGGCGGACUGUGAGACGCAGGUCACCCUGGUGAAGACCGUAGCCGCUCUGAACAUCUGACUCAACGGCCUUUCUG